UGCAGAUAUGGCUCCUUCGAGGACCGGACUCGACCCGAGAUUUGGUCAAAAUGAGAGUUUUUAAGAAGAAGAGGAGGAAAGUGUGGAAGUAACAUGAGUUUCCUCGGAGUGCUGGUUCUUCUGGGGACAGGACUGAUGACAAACUGCGAGACACAUUCUCUCAUGUACAUCUACUCAGCCCUGUCCCAGCCUGUUUACCUCCCCGGCAUCCACCAGUUCAUAGCCAUGGGUCUGCUGGACGACAGGACGAUCGACUACUACGACAGCGUGACUCAGAGGAAGAUCCCCAAACAGGACUGGAUGAAGGAGCUUCCUGCAGAUUACUGGAAAACAGGCACAGAGGCGAGAAAAGGGAAGCAGCAGUGGUUCAUAGAGAACAUCAAGAUCCUGAUGGAGCAAAUGAGACAGAACGACUCGGUCGUCCAUGUGCUGCAGUGGAGGCAUGGCUGUGAAGGUGAAGAGCAGCCAGGCGGCAGCGUGAAGCUCAUACACGCUGUGGACAUGUACAGCUAUGACGGAGACAUGUUUCUGUCCUUCAGCUACACCAGCAACACCUGGGUCCAUCACAGCGAGGCAGCAGAACUGACCAAGAGGAAGUGGAAUGAACUCACACACCUAAGAGAGUACACCAGAGAGUACCUGGGAGCCGACUGCAUUGAUUUUCUGAGAGGGUUCAUGGGAUACUGGAGCGACCAGCUUAAAGAAGCUUCGCCGCCCAAAGUUCACAUGUUUGUAAAGAACUCCAACGUUAAGACGAACAUCAUUUUGACGUGCCUGGCCACGGGCUUCUUACCCAGAGAGAUUGACCUUGUGAUCAAAAGAGACGGCCGCAUUCUUACAAAAGCAGAUGGAGGGAAAAGCACGGGCACCCUACCUAACGGAGACGACACCUUCCAGAGGAGAGACAGCAUCGAGAUCUACAGGGACGACCCAGGGACAUACACUUGUCAUGUGUCUCACAAAGCAUCCAGCUUUAAUCUACAUGAGACUUGGGAUAAGGUUCUCCCUCCUGAAGAAGGCUCUGGAAGUCAGUCGAUGAUUGCUGUAGGGGUAGUGGUAGCUCUGCUUGUGGUGGCUGGACUUGCGUUAGCCUUCAUCCUGUAUAAAAAGACUGCAGGACCUGCUGACCACGCUGCUCCUGGUGCUGAUGACCACAUCCUGGCCUCUGGCCUUUUUGAUCAAUUUGACGAGAGAAACAGGAGAUAUGAAGACGAUGUUAGGAGAAACCUGCUGAUAGCUGGCCUCAGACUGAGCUGGUGUCGUCACAUCUCACUCUGCCGCACCAGUGGUGGCAGCAGUUCUCCCACACCACAACAGGCAUCCAAUCCGCUGAUGAUGGUGGCGUUAAACCCUGUCCUUUGGCAGUCCUGGUACGGGGUUACCGCCCGGCACUGGAGCCCUGAACCUUUGGUCACACCGUUCAACGAAGGCAACGCCACUGAUGAUGAUGAUGAUGAAGAUGAACCGAUCUCUCUGCUUAGUGUGGCACAGAAGUCUUAA